CCUUGUCUGUAAAUGGAAGUGACAGCCACCCUGCUAGUGGCCCUGGAGAGCAGACUGUGCUAUCAGCGAGUAAGGGGAGGUGGGUGGUGGUGUCAUUAUCUUUGCUACUGUGCUCAGGGUGGACGCCCAGGACCAGGGUGGGGGUUCAUUUCUUAACCAUUAACCUGUGGCGGGCAUAUGCUGCCCGGUCCCCAGCCCAAGAACUUGACCUGCAGCUAAUGAAUGAGUGGGGAACCGUUGGUAGAUGAGGGAACUCUGGGACUUUUGGACUUGGAUCCGAACCUGGUGAGGGCUGCCCCUAGGAAGGCACGGCUCCUCCCACCCGCGCUUGCCCAGCGGAGGUCAGGCCUGCUGGGCGCUGGGGGUGCCCUGGUGAAGGGGACGGGGCUUCUGCCCGAAGCCCGGAACUCACAGCCAGAAAGCAAUCGUCAGGAAAAGGCGUGCCACGGUGAUCCAGGCAUGCGUCGCAUGUGUUUAUUGAGCGCCUGCUGUAUGCUGGGAUCUAGGGUGCUGCGCGCGGUGAUGGGGACCUGGGAAAGGUGGGCCUGGGGUACAUCCGGGUCUUUGGGGGAAGGGUGGGCCGGGGAGAGGCAGCUCUUCGUAUCGCGGAGGAGGGUAUAUAGAGGGGUCCGGGCUCGUGGGCUCCGACAACUUUCAGAGUGUUGGAGAUUAUGUCUGGCAGCCAAUCCCGGCCCCUUGGGGAUCCUUUCUCCUGAAAUUCCUUCCCCCACCCAGCCCCUCCGCAGCCCGCCGGGGCUCAAGGGCACAGAGCGCCUCGUCCGCUUACCCCGCCCCCAGCCCCAGCUCGCAGGUAAGGAAACAGGCCGGCGGAGUCCCGGAGGGCUGCCCGAGCGCCCGGGGAGCUGGCGGCCGAGGCCCCCGGGCCAGGCCUCCCAGCGGCGGGGCUGCGCUCUCACCCGGAGGGGCGGCGGGGGAGGCGGUGUGGGGCCCGGACCCGAGCGGAGCGCGCUCCCGGCGGACGCGGCGCCGGCGCCCGGCGCGAGGGGCCGGAAUGGGCAGUCAUCAGUCUUCCCAGGUGUGUCGCGUGGUCCCUGGGUUCGGCCCCCCGGCCCCCUUAAGGCGCGUCAUGGCUCGGAAAGCCUGGGGGAAGCCCCCGGAGCGGCCUCCCCCGGGCGGAGGAGAUCCCGCCCCGCGCCCCUCGCUCCGCGCAGGAAGUGCGAUCCCGCCCCGGCCGCUUGCGGUCCGGGCCGUCCGCCGGCGCCCGUAGGGUUAACGGCAGCGGGUGGGUCCUCCCGGCCGGUGCACGGAGGGCUGCCCCGCUGCGCCGGGCUGGGCAGGAAGGGUCUCCGAGCCACGCGCGGGCGGGUCUGCGCAAGCCGGGCAGGGAGCCCCGCGCGCGAGCAGGGCCUCUGCCGCAGACAUGGAGAAACUCAGGACUGCGCAGAGGUCAUGGGCCUCUCCAGCGCCUGGCCGCCAGGCCCUGCUGUGUGCCGAGCCCUGCACCAGGCUCUGGGACCCUGUGGAGGAGGAGCAGACACAAACCUGAGCUCAAAGAGGACCCCUUUGCAUUGUAAAGGCUGCGCAGCCCCUGGGUGCCCUCCUGCCUCGGGCAGCCCCGCGUCCUGCAGGGCCGACUGGCCAGGUCCUCGCCCUCGCUCUGGGACAGGUAACAUACCUGUUGUCUCCCCAGCUCCCCGGUGUCUCUGCAUCUGUCCCCAGACGUCCGUCCAGUGUCUGCGUCAACUCCCCAGAGACAGAUGGUGUGGCCGAGGGGCGGAGUGCCGGGCCGCCAGCGCGUCCUUGCCGCUCCUCUGUGCCAUCCCGGCCCCAGCCAAGGGCUCCGGGAAGGUCCUGGCAGAGGGCAGGAGAGGACUGCUCACGGCCCCACUCUGCGCCGAGACAACCCGCCGUCCUUCCCCGUGAGGCAGCAGAGAGCUUCCAGGGGCUUCUGGAGGCAAGGAGGGAACCAGGAGGCACCCACUGACCCACACAUUCUCCCCAGGUCAGGUUCAGAUCCUGGUUUGAUUCACCAGGACGAAGGUCAAAGCAAAGGGACCCUCCCGGGCUAGUCUGAGCAGAGCCGCCUGAGCCUCCCAGGCCAGGAGGUGGCCCUGAUCUGGUGGGCGAGGCAUUGGCCAGUCUGGUCACAAGGGACUGCCACACCCUCCCUGUGCAUCUGUUGAGGGGAUGUUUGCGGACACCAGGGCCCCCUGAGUCAGCCCCCACUCAGGGGAUGCAGAGGCCAUGGCUGUGAUUACCCAGGCCCCCGAGCAGUCCCCCCAGAUCCCCAGCAGCCUGGAGGAUCUUGCUUCCACAGGGUGCCGGCCUCUGGUGUCAUCUUCCCAGAGUUCCAGUGGCCCAGUGUAGUGCACCCUGGUGAGCCCUGCUCCCCGAGUGCGGUGCCCGUGUAUGGGCGCACAGCCCUGUUGCACAGACCUGGAGGCUGAGGCUGAGGCCGAGGUCAAGCAGGGGUCGGGUUAAUGUGCUGGGAGAGGAAGGCGCUGGAUGGGAUAGUGGCACCUCCCAGGCUGCCACACACCCCAGGUUGCUCAGUCCAGGACUGUCUCUGGACCAGGCCAAGGAGGGGACAUGGUCAAAGCUUUUGAGAAGCUGAUCUUCAGGACUUGUGACAGGCAGUACGGGGCAAGGAGGGGUCGGUCACCAGGCCUCUCAGGGACUGAGCAAAGAUAGCUGUGCCCUUCCCAGGGUGGGGAGAGCAGGGGGCUGAGACUGGUCAGCACUGGACACCCUGAGUGUGAGGUGCCUGUGGGCCAUCUGGGCAGAGGGCCCGUGGGUGGCUGGAUGUGGGGGAGCAGAACCCUGAAGAUUGUCCCGGGCUGGAGACAGAGGCUGGGAGGGGUCUCUGGGCUGUCAGGGAGAUUCGGCCUGAGCCUGGCAGAGAGGGGCCAGUGCAGACCAGGGCCCUGAGGACCAGCCCGGGCAAAGUCAGGGUGUCUGCAGGCAGAUCCAGCGCAGCAGAGAUGGGAAAGGCAGUAGGAUCACUGGACGGCAGGCUUGGGCACCUGCUCUGAGGGGCGGGGGGUGUGGGUGGAGCAAGGAUGGGCAGGAGCCAGGGGCUGGGGGUGCUGCCAGCCCAGGACUGGCAGUGGGUGCAGCUUAAGGGCGAGUGGGUGAGAGGGACUUGGGGAGGGUGGGAGGAGUAUCUAAGGGCUGGUGGGGCACAGCCCCGCAGUAGGUUUGGAAGGCCAUCCAGAUACAAGGGCAAACUGGGGCUCGGGCAGGCCGGCUUGGUGAAGCUGGUUACCUCGUAAGUGGAGGCAUCAGCCCAGGGUCUUUGCAGCCGGACACUGCGUGCGUCCCCUUGCUCAUUGUCUCCCCUUGAAACUAGGCUCCAUGGGGUGGGGAUCGUGUUUGUCUUACUUGCUGUGUGAGGUGCUGGGAACGGGCGAACGGAAGAGGAGAGAGGGUGAUUGGUGGAUGUGGCCUGGGGAGACAGGGCCAGGCCCCGGCUGGACUGAGCAGUCUGAGGGAUGGGGACCCCGGCCGUGGCUGUGUGUGGGUGGCCAUGGGUGGGGCGUACAGGGGCUCAAGUGGCCACGUCUGUGGACAGAUGAUGCCCUCACCUCUUCCACAGGGUGCAGGCCCUACCCAUACCCUGUGACCGAGGGCUCCCCACAGCCCUGCAGGGUGACUGACUUGAGGGGCUACUGCCCCACCCCUACCCAAUAGUGUGUCUGCAAGGGCCCCUGGAUGACGCAGGGGUGUCCCCAGGAAGCUCGCCACCCCAGUGGGGAGAAUGGCUGGGGCAAGGAGCAGUCUGGUAUCUGUAGAGGCAGGUUGCUCAGGGCAGGAUAGCCAGGCACACUGCCUGGAGGAGGUGGCAGGAUCUGCAUAGACAGCCGCGGGCAGUUUGUCUCUGGCCUCCCUCCUUGCCUGUCACUCUGCAUCCUCCUGGGGAACUGACUCUUGGGAAGACUCACCCCGCCCUUCUCUGAGGUUCUCAAAACAUAGGCAACUCUUUAUUUUUAUUCAUUUUUGAAAAUGUAGACCUGGGCAGGAAUCCAGGAAUGCUUAGUUGUGGUUUGCUGGGUGUGUGCCUAUGGUACAGAGCGUGGUUUACACACAGGGCCCCAGACUGCGGAUCAGUGAACCCCGGGUGCUGGAGAAAGCCCCCUGCCUGACCCCACCCACCUCACUCGGGUUGGGGUCUGAGAGGCCCCAGGAGCGCAGCCCCUUGCCCAAGGUGCCACAGCACAUUCAGGGGCAGUCCAGGUCCCCAGGCCCUGCUGCAUCCCAGGUUUCCAGACUGACGCUCAAGGAGUUGCCUUCUGCCCGCACCUGGGGGUGGGGGGCACUGCCCAUGCCCUGCUCCCAGCCCCGCAGCACGCCCACCGGGAGUUAGCAGCUGAAAGUGUGCUGGCCCCGGGCGGGCCCCUGCGGGGGUGCUCUUGUUCGGCAGUCAGUCCUCUGAGGCCCCGCUCUGGCCUGGGCACCUUUCCAAGCAGAAUUUUUUUUGGAUCCAGGGCUUUGUGUUUACAGGGCAAGAAGGGAACAGCCCCCACUUCCCAGGAGGAAGCUGAGGCCUUGGUGGAUAGUGGGCGGCCUGGGGUCACACGGCAGAGACCAGCAGCCAGGUCUGAGGGACAGCAGAGCCCCUGCCUACCCCAGGAUGCUAGGCUGGAGUUCACCUGUGCCUGAGCCUCUCUGGGCUUCCACGUCAUGCAGUGCAGGGAGAGACGGGCAAGUGCGCGACCCCAGAACUGAACAACAGCUUGACUCUAAGCUCCGCUUGUGGCUGACACCCAGCAGAAGGCCCCUGAUGCCCCUCGCCCACCUUGCAGCAGCUCCCUUCCCUGCAGAAAUCGCCCCCCUGGCCCCACUGUUAAAGAUGAGUCUGCCUGUUGUGUGCUCAGCCAGUAAAGGGAAGCUCAGUUCAGUGCUGUGUCUGCCCACAGGCGGGUGUGGCCCCUGGCCGCAUGCCCACCCCUCCUGCCUUGUGCCAAAUACUGCUCAGUUGAAUUGCUGGCAUGCGGCUCAGAGGGUGAAUUAUCCUCUGUAUCUGCUUGCUGAGCAUAGGGGUGCUAGAGGAGACCCCCAGUCUGUGGGGAAAAUAAAACCAUGGGCCUGGGGCUCUGGAAGGCUUCCUGGAGGAAGGGAAAUUGAGCAGGCCAGAGCUUUGCUGAAUUUCUGAUGCCUUAUGCAGCUAGCCUGGUCCUGGGGCAUCUCUGACCCCCACUCACUGGCCCGGACAUCACACAGCCUGCUGGAGCCACCCAGCCGAUUUGCAGAAGGGAGGCCUGGUCCAGGGUGUAGCACUGGGCCCCAGCAUCCCCACCCAGAGCUAUGGGGGAGGGAAAGUGGGGGCCCUGGUAAGCUAGGUAUUUUGGAGGUCGGCUCUCAGGCGGGGUGCCCCGGGUGCUUAUGGGUGCUCCUUAAACCAGAGUCCUUUAAGCCUCUCCAGAUACUCGCCAGGGUCUGGGGUUAAUGUCGUUUCUCUUCCGAGGUGACCACACGGGGAUUUACUUCUGAUGGGGCACAGCAGGGGCUGAGGGGCAGCCUGGGCCAGACCCAGCCCGACCCCUAAGGGGGAGCUCUAAGCUUUCAGUGCCGCCCGGAGGAGGGUGUGUGCGUGUGUGUGGCGUGUGCGUGCAGCUGGACGCGCACGGUGCGCACCCACGGCGCCCCGGCUGGCCCGCGCGGGCCUCAGUUUCCCCGCGCUCAGCGCCGCGGCC